AUGACCAACCCGUGGCUCUACCAGGACGACAGCUACCACGUGCCCUACUCUUACAACAGAAUGGAGUAUACACCGGGACUACUCGAGAGUUUUAUCGACCCCAUGUUGCAAAGUUUUACAACACCAUCAGCCUACCCGACCACCAUGGAUCAACACCAUUCGAUGCAAUUCCAACUCAAGGAAGGACAAAAGACAAUGGUCUUCAACUCCGAUAUCCCACAACCGGCUACCUUCAUUCCUUCCACGUUGGGGGUCAUGAAUCCAUUCCAGGUCCGCUGCAUCAGUCCUAAUUCGGCCUUCGAGACUUCAGAAGCAUCCGGAAGUGCACAGAGCCCACCCGCAGACACCAACACCGAACCACCUGCAAACUACGAAGCCCGAUCGCCCCUACAAGAGCCUUUGCACCCUGAAGAUUUUGGUCUCUCCCAGAACCACUCUAUCCAAUUCGCCGGCAUAGGCAAAGGUCUGGGCAAUGGCUUCUUCGUCAACCCUAUGGACGUCAACUCAACCGGGCAGAUGGACGGCUAUGACAGCGAGACCAGCACUCUUGAAUUCACUCUGCCUCAGCGGGUCAACAGCUGGGAGAGUUACACGACUGGUGGGGUGUCCGGGUGUGACAUGGAGCAGAUUCAGCAGCAGCAGCAGCAGCAGCAGCAGCACAACUCUCCUAUAGUUGACUACACCAAGCCCGUCAACCACUACCCACCUGCGUCCCAGGAGAAGAUCGAGGAGCCGUCUCUAGUCAUUCUUCCACGCGCACCCAACCUGAAGCGAACGAGGCAGGCCGAUGCCGACGCCGAUGAAUACCUCCCAGCGACCAAACGAACCGCCGCAGUCCUCAGCCGAUCAACAUCCACCAAAACCAAAACAACCACCCCCCGUCGCGGCCGCCCCCCAACCUCCCACUUCCCCUUGACUACCCACCGCCCUCACCAACACCAACCCACCCGAACCCUCCCCUCAACAGCUACCAAAGCCCUCACUCCCAACUCCUCCAGAGGUAAUCUCCUCUGCCCCCACCCGCCCUGCCACCAAUCAUCCCAUGGCUUCAAAGACCAACCCUCUCUAGACGCACACAUCAAGAAACAGCACUCACGCCCGUUCAUCUGCGUCUUCAGCUUUGCCGGUUGCGACUCCACUUUCGGCAGCAAGAACGAGUGGAAGCGACAUGUGGCCAGCCAGCACCUGGUGCUAGAGUACUGGCUUUGUCAAGAGGGGGAGUGUGCUAACGUUGAUAACAACAUCCCUUCGUCUGUGGCAGCGAUUUCUGGAGGUAGUGGAUCAAGGUCAGGAAAGAGGAGAAAACCAGUACAAACCAUGAUCCCAGGGAACGACAACGACGAGAACGAAGACGACGAAGACCUACCCCUCCUCCCCAACGGCGCCAUCUUCAACCGCAAAGAUCUCUACACCCAACACGUCCGUCGGAUGCACUUGCCUUCUCACCUGACCCCUUUUCUGAGAAAGGAAUCUUCUCCCGCAGGCAGCAACAAAUCCUCCUCCUCCUCCUCCUCCUCGGCCCUUACCCAAACAAACGAAACCACCCAACAAGAACUCAACAUCUACAUCGCCACCUUACAAUCCCGCGCCCAAAUCAAGCGCUGUGCCCUGCCCACAUACAUGCGUUGUCCGGUGCCCAGCUGUCCACAGCCACCCUUCAAGGGCACGGAAGCAUGGGACCAGAGGAUGGAACAUGUCGCUAAGCAUUUGGAGAGUUAUGCUGCCGCCACUGCUGCUACUGUCGCUGCCGCCACUGCUUCCGGUACAAGAACUGGAUCGGAAGUGGAAGUGGACUCUCGGUCGUCAGUAGCAGAACAAGACAACAACAAGGUGGAAUUCGGUAGCGAGAGUGAUACUACUUUGACGGAGUGGGCUGCUAGUAGGGAGGUGGGCAUCAUUAAGCGUGUCAUCAGGACUGGGUCUACUGGGACUGGAACGGGGAAAGCAGAAGGAGGAGGAUGGAAGUGGGUGACGAGAGACCCGAUUAAGAGGAGAGGACAUGGUGGGAAUGGAACUGGAAGUGGAAGUGGAAGUGGAAGUGCUGCCGGUGGGUACGGCGGAGUGGGUAGGGGCAAGGGAGGACGGACGAAGGUGGUGAAGACGAAGGGAAAGGCGAAGGCGGUGACAACGAAGGCGAACAUGAAGAGGGAACAAGAGGUGGAGGAGGAGAUUGUGGUUCAAACUCGAACUCAAAAUCACCAGUCGUUCGAGUUUGAGGAUGAUGAAUGA